AUGAGACUGGGUGGUGUUGUGCAUCUGGUUCUUGUUGCUGGCGAGGACCACGGAGUGGAUGGACAUGUGGCUCUUGGAAGGGAUGGUGUACUUGCUGUGCUCCUCGAGGGUUUCGAAGGCGAGGUGAGCGACGAGGAGGCGGACGACGUUGUGCUGGGCGAAUUCGUCUUGGCACGGGAGGUACUUGUCGACGAGCUCGGCGACGGCGUUGGCCACAGAGGCCUGCACCUUCAUGGGGCCUUCCUUGAGCACCUUGGCGAAGAUGGAGCAGACACCGGCCUGGACCAGCUUCUCAACGCUCUCCGAGUCUCGGGCCAGCAGGAGGAUGGCCUUCACGGCGUUCUCCUGCCCCUCCGCUUUCCCUUCCUUCACCAGCUUCAGGAGAGGCCCCACGCCGCCCUCCUCGAUGAUGAGCUUCCAAUUGCGGUCAUUGUCGGAGGCGAGGGAGACGAGCUCGGAGGCGGCGGACGUCCGCUUCUCGAGCGAGCCGUUCUGGAGCUUUGCCACCGCUUCCCAGAUCAGGCCGAGGAUCGGCUCGUUGGCGGCGAUGGGCGGAAGCCCCAGACCUACGUCGUCGUCGUCGUCGGAGUCGCCGCCCUCUCCACCGUCGUGCCUGCGUGUGGCGGACACUCGCAGCAGCCAGGAGACGUCGGUGAUGCAGUUAUCGAGCUGUGAGUGGAUCUUCCUGGACGGUGUGGCCGGAUUGAAGACACGCUUGAUGAGGCCGUGGGAGGUGCGGCUCUUGGAGGCGAUGGAGUGCGCCUUUUCCAGGACCUGCUCCGUCUCGUGCAUAAUCCGCCGCGUCGGCCGCUCGUAGAGAUCGGCGCGGGCGGCCUGCCGGAGCAGCGCCGCCAGCCGAUCCGCCUUCACCCUGAGAUCAACGUAGUCGGCUUUGAAGGAGGGGUGGGCGUCGUCGGCCAGCUUAAUCACCUCAUCUGCCAGUUGAAUUGGCCUCUGGAGAACCUGCCUCACCCCCUCCGCCAUCGCCGCCGCCGCCCUGCUUCUCUGUCCAGGGGCUCUCCUCCAGAUCAACCGAUUUCCCGCGGGCGACGAACGAAGACUGUGGCGCCGGAAUUGGGGAUCGGGGGGAGGGAAGGAACGGUGCGGGGGGGCAGAGGCAAUUAA